GACGUAGGAACUACUAGCUGACUGCUAAUGCUAGCUGUUGCAGUGAGCCGGAGAGAUGGCGGCACUUCUUCAGCAAGCGCUGGAAAGAACCGAGGUCAACAAACUGCCGAAAGCCAUUCAGAACAAGCUCGAGAAGGUUCUGGCAGAGCAGCAGACGGAAAUCGACUCGUUGAUAUCACAGCAUGAGCGGUAUAAAGCAGACUGUGAGCAACAGUACUUUAAUCUCGAGAAGAAGCUUGCUGAGAGUCAGGAGCAGUUUCUAUCCCAAAGUAAGGACUACCACAAUAUUAAGGAGGAAAACAACCGUCUUGUGGAAGAGCUUAAGAAGUUAAAAGAGAUAGAAGAAGUGCAGGGAACAACGCAAGAGAGUAAGCCUCCUAGAGCCAAAUAUGAAAUCGAGGCAGAAAACCGAGAGCUGUCACGAUUGCUUGAGAAGAGAUCUCAAGAAGUGGAAAACCUCAGUGAGGAUCUCAAACGUCUCAAUGACAAACUUGUGGAGACCAACACAAUCAAGAUGGAGCUCCAGCUUAAACUAGAUGAACUUCAGUCUUCUGAGGUUUCCAUUCAGUAUCGUGAGAAGCGGAUGGAACAAGAAAAAGAGCUUCUCCAGAACCAGAACACAUGGCUGAACACAGAGCUGAAGAGUAAGACGGAUGAGCUGUACACCGUAUCCAGAGACAAAGGCAAAGAGAACCUGGAGCUUAGGUGUUCUUUAGAGAGCAAGAAGGAAGAGGUGACCAGACUUCAGGAUCAAGUAAACACACUCAAGAAAGCAAAUGACAGCAUGCAGAAGAGUACAGAGGAUCUGAUGAGGAAGCUAAAAGAGGCUAAAGAACAACGGGCCUCAAUGGAAGAGAAGUACCGCAAUGAGCUGAAUGCAAACCUCAAACUAUGUAAUUUGUACAAGGGUGCAGCAUCAGAUUCUGAAGCCAAGAACACUGAACUGAACAGAGCUGUGGAAGAGCUCAAUAAACUGCUGAAGGAAGCAAUGGAAGCCAAUAAAGGAACCGAGAAGAAGCUGUCAGAGUUGCAGAGCGUAAGGGAGAAAGCAGAGUCAGAUUUACGUGAGAAGGUUAGGCAUCUGGAGAAGGAGCUGGAGAACUCCAACACAAGGCUCGCAGACUUUAAGAGGAGAGGUGUUCCAGCUCUCACAGAAGAGGAGCUGACAAACCUUUCUCCAACUGCAGCGGCAGUGGCCAAGAUCGUGAAGCCGGGCAUGAAGCUAAUGGAGUUGUACAAUGCCUUUGUGGAGGCACAAGACCAGCUGCACCUUGAGAAGUUGGAGAACAAGCGUGUGAACAAGGUCCUUGAUGAGAUCGUGCUGGAGGUGGAAACCAAAGCUCCCAUCCUGAAACGCCAGAGAGAGGAAUAUGAGAGCAUGCAGAAGUCUAUGACCAGUCUCUGUUAUAAACUAGAGCAAGCUAUGAAGGAGGUCCAUCGGCUACAAAAAGAAACGGAUGAAGCCAAUAAGAGAGCUUUAGUGCUUGAAAGAGAUAAUCAGAAAUCAGAGAGACAGCUAGCCGACAUGUCUGAGCAGGUGCGUGUGCUUCUGGUGGAGGUGGAGGAGGCACGUGGUAAUCAGGUAGUGCGUGAGGAUGUGAGUUCUGCUGUGAGCAGUAGCUCUGAGGUCCAGGGUUCACGACAGGUGGCAUUCCGCAGCAUCCAAGAGCUUCAGCAGCAGAACCAGAACUUACUGGUCAAGAUCAGAGACCUGGAAGAGCAGAGAGAAAAAGACCAGAACCAGGCUAAGAGUGCAAAGCAAACAGAAUUGGAACAAAGUCUGGAGAAGGUUCAGAAGGAGCUGGAGCAGAUCAAGGAACAGCAAAACCAUCAGAAGCUGCUGGCUGAAUCUGCCAUCCGCCAGAGAGACAUGUACCGUAUCCUUUUGCAGACAGCCGGAGUCGAGCUUCCACCACAGGGUUCAGAUGGUGGAUCUCAAUCCACUACUCCCAGCAGGCCAGGACCCAUGGCCACUAGAUCCACACCACUAAGGGCUGCUGCUGCAGAAUCUUUCCAGGCAACCCAGUCUAAAGCAGCACUUAAACAGAUAAAUGAUGCCUUUACUACAUAUAAAAAGGAGAAGGCCGAAAAUGACAAGCUUCUAAAUGAGCAGAUUGAGAGGCUUCGUGGUCAAGUGUCUGACCUGCUCUCACAAAAGGCCAAACUGUCCUCUCAGCUGGAGUUUGCCUCUAAACGGUAUGAUAUGCUUCAGGAGAAUGUGAAUGGCUUUCGAAGAGAGACUGAAGCCCUGCGGGAGAGGAAUCAAAAGAUGUCUGCCACCCAUCAGAGACAUGAGCAAAUCAUUCACACAAUGACUCAAGACCUGAGGGAGGCCAAUGAGAAACUGACCAUGUCCGAGUCGCGGGCUGAAAACAUCCGUAAGGAACGAGACAUUCUGAAACAGGUGGAAAACAGACUCAACCAGGAGAAAGAGUCUAUCCUGACUGAACAGCGGAGCCAGAACCUUCUGCUCACCAACCUCAAAUCCAUUCAGCUCACCAUGGAGCGCUCUGAAACUGAGACCAAACAGCGCUACAAUAAUCAAAUCCAGCAUCUGGAAAAGGAGAUUAUCCAGUUAAAGAAGAGGCUGGAGCAAGAAGUGGAACAGAGACACGCACUGGAACGCAACCAAGAUACUCAGCUGUUGGAGGCUAAGAAGAAGCUGGAGUCACAGACCGCACUACACCAGAAGACUAAAGAGCUGCUGAGAUCUGCUGAACAGCAGGUGACCUCUUUGAGACAGCAACUGAACAACAAUGAGAAUCAGAGUGCAGCACCUAAGCAGCCUGUCAGGACAUUACCCAGAGUUUCAGCUCCCAGCGUUCCUCAACAGGAGGCAGAUGAUCUUCGUGCACGUCUACAGCAGGUCGAGGAACAGAACUCUGACCUGAAAGAACGCUUGAAGAACACCACCACCAAUGUAGAGCAGUAUAGAUCUAUGGUGCUCAGCUUGGAGGAGUCUGUGAACAAGGAGAAACAGUUGGCUGAGCAAGCACGGACCUCCACUGACAACCAACUGAAGAUGGCUCGGGAGUUGAAUCAGCAGCUGGAAGCCCGUUUGGUGGAAGCGGAGAAGGAGAAGUUGGAGCUCCAGCAGGAGAAGAUGAAAGCUGUGGAUAGUGUUGAAGAACGGGUGAAGGAGCUGAAAAGGAGCAUGACAAAUAUGCAGACUGAGCUUCAGGAAGCUCUGCAGAGAUCUACAGCAGCAGUCACUCAGGAGCAGAAAGCCACACAGGACAGCAAAGUACAGGCUAAGCUGGCUGCAGAGGCUCAGAAUAAAUACGAGCGAGAGCUCAUGCUGCAUGCUGCAGAUGUGGAAGCCCUGCAGGCCGCCAAGAAACAGGGACAGCUUUUAACACAAAACAUGAAGCAGCUCGAGGAGAAAGCUCAGAAAGCUGCAUCUGAACUGCAUCAGUACCGCACAGACUGGGUAAUGCAGGAGAAGAGACUAAAGGAAACGCUUUCUAAAGAGCAGAAGAGAGCCGAGGAGCUGCAGAAGCAGAACACUUUGCUCCAUGAGCAGAUGGAGAACUUGAGCAGCAAGAUCACUGCCUCAACCCAGCAGGAGACUGGAGAGAGCAGUCUGAACAUCUCUCUGAACGAGGAGGGCAAGUCUCAUGAGCAGAUACUGGACAUCCUCAGGUUUGUCCGGCGGGAGAAGGAGAUUGCAGAGACCCGACUGGAAGUGGCCGAGGUGGAGACCCUUCGCUACAAACAGCGCAUGGAGUAUCUGGAGUGCGAGCUGAAGGAACUACAGGACAGCCUGAAUGUAGAGAGAGAGAAGUUGCAGGUGACAACAAAGACCUUGGUACAGCAGGAAGAGACGAUGAAGAGGAUGGAGAGCAUGAGUGCUCUUACAGAUACCAACAAAAUGCUGAAAAAUGAGAAAAAUCGACUGGAGCAUGAGCUGCAGCAGACUCAGGCCAAGAUGCGUAAGCUCGAAGCAGACAUCAAGCCUCUGCAGGAGGCCAAUGGUGAGCUGAGUGAGAAGAGUGGCAUGUUACAGGCUGAGAAGAGGCUUCUGGAGGAGGAUGUCAAGCGCUUGAAGUCUCGCACACAGCAACUCUUGAAUCAGCAGAAGGACAGCGAUCAGGAGGAAAGCAAGAAGCUUCAUUCUGAGAGAGAGACUCAUCUUAAACGCAUCCAGCAGCUCACAGAGGAGACUGGCAAACUGAAGAAUGAGGUGGCCCGGAGCCAAGCUUCAAUCACCACGGCUCAGAGCCAAGUGCAGAACCUGCAAGACAGUCUGGGGAAGGUCACCACUGAACGAGACAGUCUGAAGAAGGAGCUGGAGGCAAAAACACUGGACAUCCAGGAGAAAGUCAAAACCAUCACGCAGGUCAAGAAAAUCGGCCGUCGCUACAAAACCCAGUAUGAAGAGCUCAAAGAACAGCAUGAUAAGAUGGUGGCAGAGGCUGCUUCUAAACCAGCCCAGGAGCAGGAAGACCGUCAGGCCUCAGUGCAGGAGAUUCAGAACCUGAAGAGCUCAUUGAGUCAGACACAGAAUCGAACCUCAGAGCUGGAAACUCAGCUGGACUGCAUACAGAAGACGUUGCAGGAGCGUGAAGCAGAGGUGAAGAGCCUACAGGAACAGCUGACACAAGUGCAGCCUGAGCUCAGCCGUCUAAAAGCAGAACUGCAGGAGAAGGGCAAACUGGAGGAGCAGCUCCGACAGCAGAUCGCUGAUAAAGAGGAGAAGACCAAGAAAGCCUUCUUGGGGGCCAAACAGAAGCUCAACCAGCUCAACAGUGCAAAGGAGCAGCUGGCGAAAGAAAACGAGGAGCUGAAGCUGCAGCGAGAGGAGCUGGAGGUGAGGAUGAGUGCACUGAAGUCUCAAUAUGAAGGUCGACUUAGCCGACAAGAACGAGAGCUGAGGGAACUUCGUGAACAGCAGGAGAGACAUGGAGAACAGAGAGAUGAAGCUCAGGAGCCUGGCCAGAGCAAGGUUCAAGAGGCACCGAGGUCAUCAGAUGCUCGUCAGAUCACACUCAAGCCUACGCCUGCUGCUGACAGAGGAAGUGCAAGUCAGUCUGAACCACCCACUGCCAACAUCAAGCCCACGUUAGUUGCCGCCACCCCUAGCAAGCCUUCACCAAUCGCAGGCAGCAAGUCCACUCCUAAAGCAAGCAUCCGUCCAAUGAUAACGCCUGCUCCUGUUACCACACCCACAGCCACAGUCAUGCCCACCACACAGGUUGAAACGCAGGAAGCUCUACAAUCCACAGAGGGUCCGCUGGAGCAUGUGACUGUGUUUGGCAGCACCAGUGGCUCAGUGCGCUCCACCAGCCCAAACAUACAGACCACACAGCCAAUCCUCAGCCUGCAGCAGAGCCAAGCCACUGCCUUCGUCCAGCCCACUCAGCAGCAGGCCAGCCAGGAACCAGCAACCAGCAUUAUGGAAGCGGUGCAUAGCUCUCAGAUGGAGAGGCCCUCCACCUCCACCGCUGUCUUUGGUACAGUUUCUGCAACAACGGGUUCUUCGGUGGCCAAGCGAGUGCGAGAGGAGCAUGAGGAGAGCUCCACUGAGGUGACGGACACCACACAGGAUGACUCUACACAUCCACCCAUCAUGAAGAAGCUCCGCAUUGUAAGAAGAGUGGGUCUGGAGGAUGCUUCAGGUACUGAGGAGAGUAAUGAUGCUAUGGGUGAAUCUUCAGGAGACGUUCAGCAGCCUCCUGAUGCCAGUGAGGAAGCCUAUCCCGUAUUAGGAGAGGGGGAUGAAGAAUCAUUGUCUGCCCCCAUGGAUCAGGUGAGUGAGUCUCAACCCUCUGAGUCUCAGAUCAGUGGACAGGACUCAUCAGAAGAGUACAAGCAUGAUGUAAUCGUCAUCGAAACAGACAGCGCCACUGAGGAGGAGGAGGAAGAGGAAGAGGAGCAGGAAGAACCUGGACAGUAUGAAGAUGAUGAUGAGGAUGAGGACGAUGACGCAGAAGAUGAGGAUGAUGAAGAUGGGGAUGGAGGAAUGGCUGAAGCAGCAGAGGAGAGUAAUGAAGGCAGUGGGAGUGCAGAUGCCAAUGAGGCUUAUGAGGGGGAUGAGGCAGAGCAGGGUGCCGGGGAAGCUGAUCCAAGUGUUCACAAUGAAGAGAGUCAAGAGGCAUCUGAUUCAACCCAGAAGCAACCAGACUCUCAGAGCAGUGAAGCUAGUGUCAGCACCCUGGAGGCCUUCCCUCUUGAGCCUGUAAGAGAGCACCCGCCGCUGCCCAGCACUACCACCACCUCCCUCGCCCCGCGUCUGCCCCAAUCCCCCCGUAGACCACAUCACACCCCUCCACCUCGUCUUAAUAUCCACCCUGUCCCUGAACUUGGACCUCCUAUCAUGCAGAGGCAGUCUGGACAGAGCAGACGACCAUCAAUGAGUCGCGCACCGCAGCUUACGCCCGGUAUUGGAAGCAUGCAACACUUCUUUGAUGACGAUGACAGAAUGGUUCCCAGCACUCCCACUCUUGUGGUGCCACACCGCACAGAUGGCUUUGCGGAGGCCAUUCAUUCCCCUCAGGUGGCUGGAGUUCCUCGCUUCCGUUUCGGCCCCCCAGAGGACAUGAUGCCUCAGGCCAGCUCUUCUCAUUCUGACCUGAGCCAUCUGGCCACACAUGGAGGACUGGGCAUGUAUGAAAGUCCACUGUUCCUGCCCACUCAUGAUGAGGAGUCUGGAGGCAGGAGUGUGCCCACCACCCCUCUACAAGUGGCCGCUCCAGUGACCGUGUUCACCGAAAGUCACCCGUCGGAUGUUUCGGAGACGGCCUCUCAGUCAGUGCCCAUGGUAAGCACAUCCACCGCCAGCCUGAGUGCACCAGGAGAGGCUGUGCCAGGAGAUGAUGGAGAUGACGUGUUCGUGGCUGAGGCUGAGAGCGAAGGGGUGAGUAGUGAAGCGUGUCUAGAAAGCCAGUUGGAGCUAGAUUCUGCACAACCGGCUGAUGAUGCCAGUCUUCCCUCCACCAGUCAAGAGCCUACGUCUAGUUCUGCAGACACUAGCACCAGUAGCGGUCAGGCUAAACCCGCAGGCCGUCUGCUUCCUCAGCACCAUCUGCCCCGGAGAAACCAGCUGAUCCGGAGAGGUUUUCCUCGUGGAGGUCGGGGUCGAGGGCUCAGCAGAGGCUCCCCUUUCUAAAUCCAGCUGCAUUUCCAGCGUCUGCCCGGCAGAAACACUGAGCUCACAUCCGUGACUCUUCAAAACCAUCAGCUCACUGCUGUUUUAUGUUUAAUGUUUGGUUUCAGUGUGCUUGAAAUCAUUGCUUUAGAUUUGUUAUUUUAUAUUUUGUGAGUAAUCAUCCUGAUGCUAUGUUUUGCUAAUAAAUGGAGAAUCAUUCUCGCAGAGCAGCUGCUGGCGCGGUUUGUUUAUCGCUGGAGUUUUAGGCGCAGUGGAGCCACUUGGUGAUGUCAUUCUGCUGUGACGAGUGGCUGGCAGGAGCAGUCAAAGCAGGCAGAUCACCGCUAAUCUUGACGUUCAAGACUUUAGCUGUAAAAAGCACAGAAAUGGAGGUAAUAAAUGCGCCACUUCAAAUGUCAUAACUCAAUUAAUAUCAGAUUCAUUACUAUUACACAACUGAAUAUCACAAACACACUCCACUUUUAGGUAUGUCAUCUUUGUUGCUACAGUGUGCGUAUUCACAAAGUUGCAGUUUUUUGACAGCAUGACUAAGUAUGGAAUCAUGGGAGUUGUCGUCUUCAUUGCACAAAUUGAGUGUUUUGGGCUAUUAACGUAUGAUUUGUGCAAAUCGCUCUGGUUGCAAAGCAUUUGGAAUAAUGAAAGUACACAAGUCAGCAAUAU